CACCCCUCCAGCAGUCCAGCUCUCGCUGCCCUAACUAACGCCGUUGAAGUGCGCGCCGCCGCUCGCUCUCUCCCCGUCUGCACCGCCGCCGCCGCCUCUCCACGGCCCGAGCGUUAAUCCCUGGACGAUGGAGAUGAAUACUGCGACAAGUCUAGAACCGAGAGCUAAGGCCACCCUGGUUCUCGGAGGGGAACAGUUCGCUGUCAGUUCCGAGUCCGGUACCCUGUCGGAGCAGCUGGCGGUGAUGAGGGAGAAGAGCAUGGUGAUCCUCAAGGAGUACAUCACCAAGCACAACGUCCCAAACGAUGUCCCUGAUGAAUCCAUCGAGGGCCCAUCGGAUGAGGAGGGUGAGGCGCUUGCUAAAAACCCACCCAAGAAAUCUAAGAAGCAGAAGUGAUUGUCCUAAAUCUCAGCUGAUUUAUCGUGCUCUUUCUUAGUCACCUCUUGCAAAGAUCCGGGAACAUGCUUUUACCCCUUACUAGCUGUUCCUUUGACACAGAAAGACCCAAUUAUUCUUAGGCACUACUGCAUUAGCUACUUGUGUAACAAAUCGCUGGUGCUAGCGAUGCUCAAUGUUGUUUGCAAUCUGAUAAUAUGUGUGUGCAGGGAAAGUUAAUUUGCAUAUUUCUUUCUGUAUAACUCGUUUGUUAGGCGAUGUUCUACCUUUGCCGGCAAUAUAUGAGCUUCAGCAUAA